AUGGGGAUUAUUACCGGAAUACUUGUUUCUGUUGGUGGUGCCUCUGGUGCUUCUGGAGGUGUCUCUGGUGUUUCUGGAGGUGCCUCUGGUGUUUCUGGAGGUCCCUCUGGUGCUUCUGGAGGUGUCUCUGGUGCUUCUGGAGGUACCUCUGGUGCUUCUGGAGGUGCCUCUGGUGCUUCUGGAGGUGCUUCCGGUGGUCCCUCUGGUGCUUCCGGUGGUGCCUCUGGUGCUUCUGGAGGUGCUUCCGGUGGUUCCUCUGGUGCUUCCGGUGGUGCUUCUAGAGGUGCUUCCGGUGGUCCCGUUGGUGCUUCCGGUGGUGCUUCUGGAGGUGCCUCUGGAGCUUCCGGUGGUGCUUCUAGGUCUGGUAGAUGUAAUAAAAGAAGAGGUGUAAUUGAUAAGAGGCUUGGCAAGGCAGAAGUUUGUUGCCGAGGUGCGUUUACCCUGUUCUGUGAGCAGGACCGCCAAUUUAUAGAUGCCAUUACAACAAACUUGUGCGUGGCACUGCCGUGGCGUGGUGCUGCUGGCACUGCUGCUGGCGCGCCUGGUGCUGCUGGCACUGCUGCUGGCGCCUGGUGCUGCUGCUGCAACUGCUGCAGGAUCUUGUCCUGA